AGAGCAUCCUUCAUCCCUACCGUCUGAGAAGCGGCGCGGGAGACGCGACCACAAGUCUAAAAACCCGUGCGCCCCCUCGGCCUAGGAAGCCAGAUGCGCAGUUACAGCUAGAUGGGGGCGACUCUUCUCACCUCCAGAACUGCCACUUUCGGCUUAAAGCCAGGAGUUGCCUUGGGAAAGCUGCUCGACCUAACCUUUAAAAUAAUCCUCUGUAGGGCGUGACUGGCGUCCUCUAGCCGCGCGGCCCUGGGGAGUUGGCCUUGGCUGGAAGUGACUCGUUUUGUGCCUGAGGAGAGCGAAGAAUAGUGUGAGGGAGGAGAUGCCUUAAAAAAAUCAUCCACAGCAGCAGUAGAAACAGUUUUAUGUUGCUUUGUACCUUUUUUUUUCUGAAAUGCUAUUUUGGUUAAAAGAAGAAAUGGCCCCUCAGGAGUUCACCCGGCGACUGGCUACAGUGAUCACUCAUGUCGAUGAAAUUAUGCAGCAGGAAAUCAGGCCCUUGGUGGCAGUGGAUAUAAUUGAACAACUUCACCGACAAUUUGCCAUUCUUUCAGGAGGUCGAGGGAAAGACGGUGCCCCCAUCAUCACUUUUCCAGAGUUUGUGGGGUUCAAACACAUCCCAGAGGAGGACUUCCUGAAUGUUAUGACCUACCUAACUAGUGUCCCCAGUGUGGAGGCUGCCAGCAUCGGAUUCGUCAUCAUUAUCGACAGACGAAGGGACAAAUGGAGCUCCGUUAAAGCAUCCUUGACACGAAUAGCUGUAGCAUUUCCAGGAAACCUGCAGCUCAUAUUCAUUCUUCGUCCAUCUCGAUUUAUCCAGAGGACAUUCACUGACAUUGGCAUUAAAUACUAUCGAGAUGAAUUUAAAAUGAAAGUGCCGAUUGUUAUGUUAAACUCCGUUUCUGACCUUCAUGGCUAUAUUGACAAAAGCCAACUGACAGAGGACUUAGGGGGAACUUUGGAAUAUCGCCACAGUCAGUGGAUAAAUCAUCGAACUGCCAUUGAAAAUUUUGCUUUAGCAUUGAAGACCACUGCCCAAAUGCUCCGGACUUUUGGGGACUGUCUGGCCACAACAGAGCUGCCCAGAAGUGUGCCAUCCACUGAAGACCUUCUCAUGUCCCACACAAAACAACGGGACAAGAUGCAGGAUGAGCUGAAGUUACUUGGAAAGCAAGGGGCCACAUUGCUGUCAUGCAUUCGAGAACCAGCAACCAAAAGUCCUACCAGCAAACUCAAUCUGAAUGAACUUGACAAUGUAGCUACCAUGAAAAGAUUGUUAGUUCAAUUGGAUGAAACAGAAAAAGCCUUCAGUCAGUUUUGGUCUGAGCAUCACCUGAAGCUUAAUCAAUGCCUACAGCUGCAGCAUUUUGAACAAAAUUUUUGUGAGGUUAAGCUUGCCCUGGGCAACUUGUUGGCAGAGCAAGCAGAGUGUACAGACAUUGGAGAUAGUGUGACGCGAGUGGAGCAACUUCUUAAGGAACACAAAAAACUGGAAGGAGAAGGCCAGGAACCCUUGGAAAAGGCGCAGCUACUUGCAGUAAUUGGGGACCAGCUUAUCCAAAACCACCACUAUGCAGUGGACUCCAUCAGACCCAGGUGUGCAGAGCUCAGGCAUCUCUGUGAUGACUUCAUCAAUGAAAACAAGAAAAAAUGUGACAUUUUAGAAAAGUCCUUGGAGUUGCAUAGACAGUUGGACAAGGUCAGCCAGUGGUGUGAAGCAGGAAUCUACCUCUUGGCAUCCCAAGCUGUAGACAAGUGCCACUCCCGAGAGGGAGUUGACAUUGCCUUGAAUGACAUUGAGACAUUCCUGGGUACAGUGAAGGAGUACCAGUUGCCCAGCCCCAAGGAGUUUUACAACCAGUUUGAGUUGAUGCUCACUCUUGAUGUAAAGGUCAAAGCCCAGAAAGUCCUGCAGAAGUUGAGCGAUGUGCAGGAAAUAUUUCACAAGAGGCAAAUGAGUCUGAUGAAACUGGCAGCUAGACAGACUCGCCCAGUGCAACCCGUGGCCCCCCAUCCUGAGUCCUCCCCAAAAUGGGUGUCACCGAAAAUCAGCCAGCCCUCCACCUUGGCUCCUUGUCAGAAAACAUUGGAGGAACCUUAUGUGGAGACAGAUUUGAACUCUUUGGAAAAGGAAGAUGAUGAGACUAAAUUUGAAGUCAAGGGUGAAGAUUCUCAGUUUCGUAUGUACCGCAGUCCUGAGAAGCUUAUUCAUAAUGCAGAUUCUCAGGAUCCACUCACAGAGAUGCUGAUUCAGGAGUUUUGUGAUAAGAAUGAAGAAAUACCUGAAAGCAGUCAUGAUGGGGAGAACCCUGAGCCAGAGCAGCUUGAAGGUUCCAAAAAUCUUUCCCCCAGCAGGCGCAUUAUACGGGACUUGCUUGAAACGGAAGAGACUUACAUAAAAGAGAUUAAGAACAUAAUUGAUGGAUAUAUCUUGCCAAUGGAUUUUAUUUGGCUGAAGCAUCUAAUUCCAGAUGUUCUUCAAAAUAACAAGGACUUUCUCUUUGGGAAUAUUAGAGAACUUUACGAGUUUCACAACAGGAUUUUUCUAAAAGAAUUGGAAAAGUGUACCGAAAACCCUGAACUUCUGGCACGUUGCUUUCUCAAGAGAAAAGAAGAUCUCCAAAUGUAUUUUAAAUACCAUAAGAAUCUGCCCCGAGCCAGGGCAAUCUGGCAAGAAUGUCAAGACUGCACCUACUUUGGGGUAUGCCAGCGUCAACUGGGUCACAGUCUCCCUCUUUUUAAGUAUCUGAGAGGACCAAGCCAGAGACUUAUAAAGUAUCAGAUGCUGUUGAAGGGUCUGCUGGAUUUUGAGUCUCCUGCAGAUUUGGAAGUGGACCCAGGUGAACUGGAAGGAUGUUCAGCUAAGAAUGGGCCAAAGAGGAUGAAGGAUUCAGCCUUCUCAGCUGAACUACAACAAGCUUUGGCCAUGAUGGAGGAUUUGAUCAAGUCCUGUGAGUUGGCUGUGGACCUGGCAGCAGUCACUGGAUGCCCGCUACCCCUAUUAGAGAGCCAUUUCCCUGAAUCAAAAGGAUGUCCUGGAACCUGUAUGCAGCACAGGAAACUCCCAGCUAUUAUUCUGAGUGAUGACAUCAGAAAACUGGGCAAGGUGUUGAUGUAUGGCUCUUUCAAUGUCUGGGCAGUUCACAAGGAUCGUUAUAAGAUGAAGGAUUUAAUUCGAUUUAAGCCCAGCCAGAGGCAAAUCUAUCUGUUUGAAAGAGGAAUCGUGUUUUGUAAGAUACGAAUGGAGCCCAGUGACCAGGGCCUAUCUCCCCACUACAUCUUUAAGAAGUCUUUGAAGUUGAUGUCACUUUCAAUUCACCAACUCGGAAGAGGGAGCAGCAGAAAGUUUGAAAUUGCCAACCAAAAUGGACUUGAGAAAUACAUCCUGCAGGCAGCUUCAAAAGAAAUCAGAGAUUGUUGGUUUUCAGAAAUAAGUAAAUUACUGAUGGAACAACAAAACAAUACUAAAGAUGUUUAUGAGGAUGAAGACAAUGGCAGACAAAUAUCUUCCAAAUCUCUCGGGACUUUUCCAUUUGGACGGCAGUUAUGAAACGUGUUGCUCCAAAAGUCUGCUCAGGAAACCGGAAAAAGCAUCCCGAAGAAAAAGGACAGCGAAGAAGAGGACACGUGAGUGUGAAGCAGAAAGAAAAGUAAGCGAAUGUGUGAGCCAUUGUUCCUCUGACUUUCUUCUGGGAAUUUCAGAGCCACAAACAAAACUGAGGAGUGCCUUGGGGUGUCCACUGACUUGAUCGUCCCCUGCGGGGGAGACCAGUUGUGAGGAAGAGACGGUGGGAGCCCGGGAAGGGGGCCUGAGGCCGCUCCACAGAGAACUGACAUGGGUUCCAGACAACUGAGCCGCCCUGUACCCCUUCAUUCUGGCGAGACGCUGCAGUGGAUGUGGAGGCCAGGCCUAUACUUAAGCAGAAGCAGCAAACGGUCCUCAGAGCCAGCAGAUCUGCUGCCUUGGCCGGGCGCCUAACGGUGGCCUUUCUGGAGCUUGAGGAGUGGUCCCCAACAGCCCACGGAGCCCAUCCUUUCCUAUGCAAACCCCCACCCCCGGCAGAGAACUGCGCUGGGUUCUACAUGCGCCUGCACAGGGACUUGGCGCAGGUCCCCUGGCAAACCUGGAGAUGCUGACGUGCCACUUGGGUGAGGACCCCACAGAGAACCUCCAGCUGCUCGCCAUGCCCGAGCUCAGGAACUUGGCAUCGACCCUGCAGAGAACCUUGGGCUGCCCAACUCUCGCCUGCGGAGGUUAGCAGAGCCGGGUUGUUGGAGUGCCCUGAGUCCAGGGUGUCAGUGUGGGCACUUUUGACUUUGCGGGCUGGACAGUUCUUGUUGUAGGGGGCUGCCUUGUACAUUGUGGUUUGUUUGGAGCAUCUCUGGCUUCUACCCGCUAUAUGCCAGUGACCCCUACCCACUUACCCAAAUUAUGACAAUCAGAAAUGCCUUCAAACAUUGCCAGAUUUCUCCUGGGGUGGGAAUGAGGAGCUGGGUUGAGAACCUCUGUUCUUAGCCACUUAGACUCCACAGGACAGCCCUGUGCUCUUCUCCCUGAAUUCCUGCAAGAAUGUUACUGUGAUAUUUGCCUUACUUUCAGGAUUGUUUCCUUUUAGGGAGCAGUUGGUUACAAGUUAUCUUCUGAGAUAUUUGCAUUUAGAUUUACUAGUUUUUAAAAUUAGUUUCAGUUCUUUUCAGAUUUUUUUUUCAGUUUUGAUUAUUUUAGUUAAUUUUCACACAUUUUUGGUUUUCUAGUUAUUUAAUCUUAUAGCUUUAAAGUUACCUGUUUGUAAUUAUUUUGUCUUUAAGGUUAUUUAUGGUUUCAUGUGCCUAUUUUCAGUUACUUAAUUUAUGGUUGUUUUGUUUUAUGAGUUGUAUAUUUCUAAAUUAGUUAGCUUUACAAUUAUUUUUUAUGUAUCUAACUUUACAAUUAUUUAAUAUCUGAGUUAUUUGUUUUCAUGAUUAUUUUACUUUUAGUUAUUGGCAUUUUUGAAUAAUGUACAUUUACAUUUACUUAUUUGAAUACUAAAAACUCACUGGAAGGGAUUGUCUCACAGUGCAGCGGGUUAAGGAUCUGGUAUUGUCACUACAGUGGCUCGGGUCAAUGCUGUGGCACAGGUUCAGGUUCCAUACCUGGCCCAAGAACUUCCAUAUACUGUGGGCAAGGCCAAAAACAAAAACAACUUGCUGGAAGUGUUUUAAUUAUUUUCAGAGUAAUAUAUCUGUAGUUAUUUUAGAGUUUCCCCUGUAGCUAUUUAGUUUUAGAGUUACUUUUCUUCACAGUUAUUUAUUUUCUUUAGAUUCUGGGUUAUUUUUACAUUUGUUUAUUUGGGGUUUUUUUCCAUUAUUUAGAGGGUUUUUUUUUUUUAGUUUUAAUUUGGUUUUAAAUUAUUUUAUUUUCAGUUGUUGCAUUUUUUAGCAUUAUUUUUUGAGUUAUUUUCAGAGCGUUUGAGCUAUUUAGUUUUUAAGGUAUUGUCAGAGUUCCUUAUUCUCAGUUAUUUUUUUUUCAGUUACAUCUUUGUCAAAUUCUGUUCUAUUCUGUAUUUUUACUUUUUUUAUUUUCAAAAUUAUUUAGUAUUAGAAUUAUUUACUCCAUCAGUCAGGAUCCAAUCAAGAGAGAGAGAGACUAUACUAGUUAUUUUAACAAGGAGAAUUUAAUUUAAGGAAGUGUUACCCAACUAUUGGAGAUUUUAACAGGAAGAAAAAGUAUGAGAUAUCAUGAAGAUUUUAACUAUAAGGAGCAGCUACCAACCCAAGGCAGGGGGAACAAAGGAAGAAUUUGGGGGCCCCACAUGGCUGAGGGUAGCCCUCUCUGUGGGGGAGGCAUUCCCCAGGUGUCCCCCCCAAAUCCUUGAAGGUAGCCCUGGGAACUGGAUACAAAACUCUGGAGAGAGGGUGCUGCCAGCUGAUGCUGAAGGAAGGGGUGUGAUGAAGCCAGUUACAUAAAUGUUGGGGAAAUGGUAAACUGGAGCUACUGGAACCGACUGUGACUCUCAGGGUGAAGGCCGGUUUGUAGAAUAAUACCGAAGGGAGCCCCAGCACCCAGGGAGGAGCACAGCCCUCUCCCCUCCCCCGGCCUCUGGUCUCUGCUCUCUUGGCCCAGCCUGACGGGGAGCAGCUGGCAGAGGAGGUGAAUUGUCCCAACCACCAAGCAGAGAGCAGAAGGGUGAGUGGGAAACUGAGCCAUCAUGGCUAUUAAGCAGCACCCUGAACUCUGGAGUUGUUUAGUUUUAGAAUUAGGGUUUUGUUUUGGUUCGGUUUUUGUUAGUUUGGGAAUUGUUAGAAUGAUUUGAUUUUAACGUUUCACCUGACGAGAGAUCUGGCUGAACUUUGGUCCCCUGAUUUGUUCCUGGAUGGAAUGUGUCAGCAAGCACCUGGGGAGUGACUCCCCUGAGACUCAGGAACAUCACUGUAGAGUUCAGGAAAACCAAAAUGGUGUGUCCACAAAGAAGCCCUUUGACUGAGUGGCCAAAAAAGGACAAAGACUAAGGGACAGAUGGUCAGGAAGGGGCUCCUUGGAACAGUUGUCCAACAGAGUGUUUGAAAUUUUUCAGAAAGUUAAACUAUGUUGUGGGGCCACCCUCUCAUGCCCCCUUUCCAACAACAAAGUAUCUUUCUUGGUAAAGCGUGUUUCAAAUUAGUAGGAUACAAUAUUGAUUAUUUGCACACUAAAAUAAAGUUCUUCCCAAAUCUAUGGGAAAUCUUAUUUCCUUCUACCUGCAUUAUUUUCCAACCCACAUUGUUCCAUUUCAAUCAUAAUAUUCAUUUAUAUGUGUAUAUAUUCCCUCAUUUCAUUCAACACCUGUUUCCGAGAAACCCCCUUCCUAAGGAAGGUGCUGGCACCAGGAGAGACUAGGGAGGUGUGAAGAUGAGUGAGAAGCUCUCAGUCCAGGUUGGGCAGACACAAGUGGAAACAUCAUCACAACACGGUGUGACAAAUGCUGCCGCUGACGCUUCCUGAUGUAGUCAGGAAAAGGGUGACAUCUGAGCUGGGUCUCCUGGAACAAGCACUUUCUCCAGGUGGAGAAGAAGAACGACAUCCUGGCCUUGCACAGGCACAGAGGAGUGAUGCACAGUGGGGACGAUGUCCUGGCAGAGGCCCCCAGGCCACAGGGCUCAAAAGGACACUAACAUGCCUUUUUGGUGGCCCUGGUGCUUGAUAGAUGCAGCCUCAUUUGGUCCUCAGAGCCAGUCUGCAAGAGACUAGGAGGCAACCUCAGCAAUCAGUGCUGCCCUGAUUUUACUCCUCCAACUACAGGACUUGCCCUGAUUUUACUCCUCCAACUACAGGACUUGCCUCUGACUUGCCUGGAAAUCUCCAGCUCUUCCCCGUCUUUGUCCUUAGUCCAUUCACUCUUUCCCACUUAUCUUUGGAGGUGAGUCCCUCCCUCCUUCUUAAACAUCUGUGGGGAAGGAGGAGGAUUGAGACCAGCCAGCUAUGAAGUGCAGCUCCAGAGGAGGCAGAGAAGAGAAGAGCAGAAGAGACCUGCAGCAGAGGCUCAGGGGAGUUCUGCAGACCAACACAGUGGGAGUGGACUCUUGUGAACUACUCCUGACAUCCUGCGCUUGCAUUCAGUAACUCUUGAAAGGUUAUAUGAGCUCCUUUCCCAAAGAGGGAAACCUGUUUUAGAUCCAACCCAAGCUUACGUUACCAACACAUUGGGAUUUUUCUAAGCAUGCAGAGCCCUUUUGCUGCAUUAAGAGCAUUGCAUGUAUCUAAUCUACCAAGUCAAUCUACCAGGUCAAAAGAAAGUAUAGGGAGUUCCUUGUAGUGCUGGAUCCUUGGUUAAGGAUCCAGCAUUGUCACUGCAGUGACUGGGGUUGUUUCUGUGAUGUGGGUUCAAUCUCUGGCCCAUGAACUUCCACAUGCCAUGGGCGCGGCAAGAAGAAGGAGGAGAGAGUGUGGUUCUAUAUAAUCUACAAUGGCAUGUUUCCAUACCUUUUAUAAUAUACAUCCAUACAGUCUUGAAUACAUAAAUUUCCCAGAAGACCUUUCUGCUUUGGUCUCCAGUUAUCAAUCACUAUAAUAUGUUUCUCAAUGAGCAUAUGUAAGAACUAGAGCUGAAUAGACAAAUCUUAAGGAUUCUGACUAUUGAAAUGGUCAGAAAACAUAUCACUUGGAUCCUCUUAAACACUUUGACCAUUGGCUGGCCAGUUGCCCACUACAGAAACAUCCCAAAGCUUUUUCAAUCCUUUGGACUGAGGUCAUUUUCUGAAUCUACAAAAAUGGCCACACUGGAUGGUGCUGGCUGAGUGCUCAGGCCUCCCAGGAAGAACCUCUCCACAAAUCUCCCAUCACAGGUGGGCUGCCAAAGGCGCCAUCUCUGUAUUAAUCAUCAUUGCUAAUGUCCCAAAGUGCUGCCCCCAGGUCUUCAGAAUGGUCCACUUUGGCAUCCUUGCCCAAGCCCCACACUGCUGCUCUGUUUACAGGUGUCCUCUAAGAGAAAACCCCUUUGCUGGGCUCAAGAACUCAGACUCCCAUUGAGCUUAUGGUGGACUGAGAGGUGAAUAGAGGCAGUGAGAGAAUUCUAAAGCCAUGCCAGAUACGUAGUGGUCCCCAACAGACACUGCAUCCCCUGCUUCAAAGCCUGGACGCUCUCCUCAGAAAAUUGUUGCGAAAUUUUUAGACUUCUUAAAUACUGGUAAAAAUAAAUAAAUAAAUAAAUAAAUAAAUAAAUAAAUAAAUAAAAG